UCGAAGCAUAUGCAAUAUUUGGCAUAUUUGUGAGUUGUUUAUGGCCUCAUCAGGGAAGGGCAUAACUUGUUAUGGGUAUGAGGCCUCAUCCUUAGGUCGUCCGAAAGUUGUGCCACCAAAAUCUGAGCCAUUUGAAAACGGAAAACAGCAACAUCCUAAACACACAGGCAUUAUCGCAUCAUGCAAAAAUACGAGAGUGAAAGUUGUUGCAGGAGGCUCGUUGAUGAUGAGUUAGUUACAUCACAAUCAGUCUGGUGCAUGUUACGUUGAUUGCAGCAGGUUGGAGGACUCAAGAUCAUAUAUAAUACAAUGCAUGCAGCAUGUUCAAAAAGACGAAGUAGCCAUUGAAUGUCGUAUUUUUACGCUGCUUAUUCGAAUUCUACUUGUACCAUAUCAAAUGAUAAUAAUUCUGAAAUGACCAAAGUCAACGAUCCUUCCAUCAGCCCCAUCAGGCAAAUCUCUGCAUCCUCUUCUCCUGACAUUACUAGCAACAAGAAUGACAAGAAAAAGAAGUCUCUCCUUCCCAAGAUUUUCGGUUCAAAGAGAACUGGGAGAGGCUCAGACGAUGAUGCUUUCACCAAGCCACACGAGGAAGGAGAUCAAGGAGUUACUCUUGAUUUGGAGAAGAAGAUUGAAUCCAGAAGAAAAGCUUUAAUGGAAGUGUCUCCCUUCAUGAGAAAAAGCUUCUCAGAAAGGGAGACUAGCCCAGGAAUCGAAGGCCUAAAUUUGUCAACUUUUGAACGACCUGUGGGUCCAGAAACUGAAAGACAGAGUUUCAGGAUAUUUGUUGCCACUUGGAAUGUAGGAGGAAAAUCGCCAAACUAUGAUCUGAACCUUCAAGAUUUCUUGCUAGUGGAGGGCUCUGCAGAUGUAUAUGUAUUGGGGUUUCAAGAAAUAGUUCCCCUAAGCGCUGGGAAUGUAUUGGUAAUAGAAGACAACGAGCCUGCAACAAAGUGGUUAACAUUGAUAAGUCAGGCACUAAACAGGCCAAGAAACGAGUACAACGAUCCGUAUGAUUUGAACUUGAAGAACUCGAGGGAGUUGAAAGGGCCUACAAGUCUAAACUUCUUUCAGAAGUCGUCUCUGAAAAUUGUGAGCAAAAGCUUGAGAGCAGAGGGCAGCAGCCUCCUUAAGGCAUGCAAUUGUCCAGUGGAAUCUCCAACCAGCAGAGACAGAAGGAGGGUGAGAAAGUUUAGUGACCCUGUUAGUAAGAUAGAUAAUGAGAUUCGUGGUGAGAUUAGCAUGGAAGAGUUGCUCUCCAUUGCAGAGAUACCAAUGACUUCCCAAAACAAGUACUCCCUUAUAUCAAGUAAGCAAAUGGUUGGCAUUUUUCUCACUGUAUGGACUAGGAAGGAGUUGGUACCUCACAUUGGCCAUCUUAGAGUAGAUACUGUUGGAACGGGAAUCAUGGGUUGCCUAGGUAACAAGGGGUGUAUAUCAAUGAGCAUGACAAUACAUCAAACAAGCUUUUGUUUCAUCUGUAGUCACUUGGCUUCUGGGGAGAAAGAAGGUGAUGAGAUAAAGAGGAAUGCUGAUGUAGCUGAGAUCCUCAAAGGGAUACAGUUCCCUAGGAUUUGCAAGAACCCUUGUGCCAAAGCCCCUGAAAAGAUUGUUGACCACGAACGAAUAAUAUGGCUAGGUGAUUUGAACUAUCGGGUGGCUUUGAGUUAA